CAAUGCAGUAUGACAGGUUGGGACAAAUUUGAUGCAUAUUUACAUAGCACGCUAAAAGAUUGCAUAAUCAUACCAAAUCGAGGUCCUCAUGAUAUAACUGAGGUAAGGAUGCAUCCUUAGUUUUCUUUCACAAAAUAUCCAACUGUAAAUAAAAUGCAUUAUUUAUAUAGAAUUUUCCCCCAAAAUAUUUGUAUUAAUUCUGUAUGACUUGGCAUAUAUUAAUAAAUAUAUAAUUUUUAAAAAGCAAUUAUUUUCCUUCACACAAAAAAUAUAGACGAUUCAUUAAAAUAGAAAUCCCAGUCUGAACUACAUUCAAUAGAUGAAUAGUGUAGGUCUACACAGAUACAAUGUUACCCCUCACUUCCUUUUCCACACAUCCCCAAUGCAUUUGUCUCUAUCACACUGAAUAUUUGACAUUAGCAUUAGCUGUACACAUGUUCAUUUCCUGAGAUAAUUCCUCAAUCGCUUUUUACCUUCAUUUCUACAAAGAAGAAAGGUUGAUAAAAAAGAGUAAUAUUUGUUAGGCUUUAGCAAUCCAUAUGUUCCAUUAAUAUUUUGUAUUCACAGACAGACAAAGAGGUUAUUGUUGAUACAACAUGUGGUAUGGCCAUCCUAAGAGGGGCCCAUGUAUACAAGAACGGUAUCAUAGGAGCUCCACACAGUAUGUCUGAAACUUCCUUGCGUCAGUUAAAAAAAAUGUGGUUAUUGAUAUGCUUCAGUGAAUACAUUUCUAGCACCUUCCAAUAUACCCUCAAAAAGACUUCAGUAUGCUACUACUUGUUUUGAUUACAAAAUACAAUGCUUUUUUUUUUACAUUUAGCUUUACUGUUUGAUUGAAGUGAUAAGUUUGCAUAAUUUUAGGUAGGUUAAAACUGAUUCUUCUCUGCAGGUCUCAGAGCUGACGACACGGUGUCAGUGUAUGCUGAUCUUGAAGGCAAGUGUUUAAAGGGCACCACAGUCUACAGUGGGAUGAAGGUUCUUGUUGGCAAUGGUAUUUCUCAAGUUUCCAGAUCAGAUAUUUUUAAUUCCAACACCUCACGUCGGUAAGUUGAUUGUAAAUAGUUGUAUAUGACGUACUCCCCAUAAAAAAUUGUUAGUUAUUGUAAAAUUUUUAUAUAUGACAUACUGCCCAUUAUAAUAUUGAUAGGUAUGACAUAAUCUCCAUUCUAAUAAGAUAAGAUAAAAUUCUUUUACUAAGCCAAAUAAAUUUAAAUGUUUUUUAUUGCUUUGUACAUAUACAUCUUCAGCACAUAAAUAAAUACAUAAUUUAAUAAAGUCAACAUUAUCCAACUAAAACAAUUUAAACACAAGACAUAUAAAUUAAAUUAUUUCUCUAGGGUAAGAAAACAACCAUCAGUGGACUCCAUUAAUCAUAAUAAGAGACUUAAUUUGUUAUCAUUAUUAGGUGUGACAUAAUCCCCAUUUUAUGACAAGAGCUCCUUCAAAUUACUGUUGAUCUGCACUGAAUAUUUUAACAGGCUAACAUUAUACUGGAUUUAAAUUUCUCUUUUAAACCUUUAAAGAAACUUAAGAGUAAGAUGAGCAAGAUAAUAAAUGCUUAGUUUCAUAUUUUAUUUUGUUGUGAAAGUGCUGUAUUAGUGAAAUUUUGUGGAUUUUUGUUUGUUUUCUUAAAUAACAAACCAAUACAUAUUUGAACAUGUUUAAUGGAUAUAGUUGACUGACUGACUGUAAAAACAUUUAUUGAAUAGUGGCAUUGGCAUUUUGAUGACAGAGCCUAUAUUUCAAGCACCGUCCCUUUCUGAUCUGAAUCUGGAUUGGGUAGUUCCUCAGAACCUCCCAUCCAUUGUGUGUGUUCAUGUUUUGGAUCCUAAACAAGGGGAGACCAUUCUGGACAUGUGUGCAGCUCCUGGAGGAAAAACAAGUCAUAUUGCUGCCCUUAUGGAAAAUACAGUUAGUAUAUUAUCUUAACCUGUCUCCAAACUUAAUAUGCUUUAAAAAAUAUGAAGAAUACCAUAGUUUUAGACACAAUAUGUUAAACUGAACAAUGUGAACAUACUUUUAGAAUGUUUGGAUUGUGUUACAAUUACCAGGGCUGCAGUGUCAGCGCAUUAUUCUUUGUAAGAAUAAGAAUCAGAUUCAAUUUCCUGAAAAUAUUCCAGACAUUCGCACAAUGCAGGUCGCUUUCCAUGUAAAUUCUACAUUAAGUGAAAUUCAUUCUGCUUCAGUAGUAAAUUUAAACAACUAAAAUAUUAUGUUCCAUGACUUAAUUGAUCUAAUUGUUGUUUUUUGCCAGUAGAGAAGUAUAGAACUAAUUGUUGAUGUUUACCAUUAGAGCCAUUUAGAAAUAAUUAUUUAUGUUUACCAAUAGGGGCGUAUAGUCGCACUGGAUAAAAGUCAAAAGAGAGCACUGCUGAUGGAAAGAUUUAAAACUCCAAACAUGGAGAUCUAUACCUUUGAUGCGACUCAUGCUGUGUUAGCAGAUGCAGGUAUUUUUAAAAUUCUUCUCAGCUGCUGCCAACAGAAUUUUUUUAAAUAUUAUUCAUACCAUUCAUUCCAUAACCAUUUAUUAUAGCUGCAUAUUAAACCGAAGCUCUCUUUUGUAUAAUAGGAACUAAUGAAAUUUACCAGCAGUUGCCACCUAUGCUAAAAACUCGUUCCAUUAAUGUUGUUGCAAUGGUGGUAGGAUAUUCUGCAGCAGUUCAGUGCUGUAUCAAUAAAACAAGUGAUUUUAAAACAAACCUUGGAAUCUUAUGUUUCAGAUUCAGUAACCUUGCCAGAUCUGUUUACCUGAAGCUAGUUCCAAACUAAUUUGUUCCAACUGUAGUUUAUUAAAUCGGGAUUUGCUCAACGGAGAUUUUUUGGUAUAUAAAUGUUUUCUAAGGUGUGAGUGAGAAAUGGGGGAGAAACUGUAAAUUUUUAAAUAUAAUUUUUUUUUUCUUCAUUAUUUCCAUUUGAAAAACAUUCCUUUGAACAAAUUGAUUUUGUGCUAGUUUUUGGAUAUAGUCAGAUAACAUGUCUCUGAAUUAUUUGUCAGUAGUUAGUUGUUUCUAUUUUUAUAUUCAGUGACACAGAACUUACACUAGAGACAAUAACUAAAUAGACUGUUGAAAUGCCAUUAGUUACGGCUGUGUAUAAAAAAUUAAUCGUACAUUAUAGACAUCAGCUGUCUUUUGUGCAGGUCUACUGUUCGACAUACAUACUCAAAAAAGUGUGUUGCUCUUGUUAAUUUGUGUUAUAUUUUUUACAGUAUUAACAGGAGGGCCUCCUUAUCCACCUGCAUCAUUUGAUCGUAUUUUAGUUGAUGCCCCCUGCAGUGCCUUAGGGCAAAGACCCAGCUUUAUAAAUAACAUCACUCUUAAACAGCUGCAAUCAUUUCCAGUCAUUCAGCAUCAGCUGCUGCUCACAGUAAGUCCAAACACUUAGCACAUUUGUGGCAUUCUGAAAUUCUGGUCCUUUAUAUGACAUACGAAAUUAUAAGAGAAACAUGUUCAUGGGUUGAUUGAAAUCACAUGGUACUCAUUUUUUUUUGUUUUUUAGAUGUAAACCGAGCUUCAAACUGUUAAAUUUAAAAUGAACAAAUUUUAGCAUUAACUCACCCUAGAUGAGUACUAUGGAAAUCAAGUCCUUGUGUUUAUCAGUCUUAAUAGUUAAAUUUUUUUUUACAGAAUAUCAUUAUGGAAAUGCACUAACUUUUUAAUGAUUAACUGAUUUAUUUUUUGUGAUAAGUUUAACAAAAAUAGUUUUUGUGUGGAUUUGCUGCAGGCGGUGAAGCUCUUAAAACCAGGCGGUGUGAUAGUGUACAGCACUUGUACAGUUACCAAAGAAGAGAAUGAAGAUCAAGUGUCUCGACUGCUGGCUAAAUGUCCUGAGAUCAGGCUUCUUUCUACGGUAAUAUUCUUAAGUUUGUUUAAGAAUGCUUAGAAAAUUUUUGAACUGUGAUAUGCUAAUCCUCAUUAUUGCUGAAUCUGGAAACAGGCAGAUUCUUUCAGCAGAAAAUUUUCAAGUGACUCUAAGAGUCUUUGUAUUUUAAGGAAUGCAAUUUUAUUUGAACAUUUUGAAAAUGCUUAAUCUGUCACUGUUUUUCUAAUAACCUUCGAUAAAUUAAUAAUUUUAUUAAGAAAAAAAAUUGAUGAUUUAAGCAAAGUAGAAAUAGUUUUCACUAUAAAAUUAUACAUAUCAGUUUAAACUUAUUUUUAAAAAAAUUUCUUACAUAACCUUCACCCACCAAAAACAAAAAAAUACCUUUUGACUUUUGUUUAUUUCUUCUAUAAAAAACCUUUUAAUAGUUAACUAAAAAAAAAAUAUUAAUAAUUUUUCUAUUUCCUUUCAAGCCUUGGCGUGGAGCGGGCGCAGACUAUGAUUGUGACCUGACUAAUGAACAAAGAUCUCAGGUCCUACGAUUUGACCCCUAUAAUAUAACAGCGGACCCAACACAUAUUGUCUCAUGUGAUUAUGACACUAUAGGCUUCUUUAUAGCCAAGUUUCAGAAAGAUUUUGUUCUGUAAUUUGUAGCUCUUAAAAUAAUUCAACUACGG